AUGUCGCCUUAUAGGCUAGACUUUGGGAAGGCAUGUCACUUACCUGUUGAGAUGGACCAUCAUACAUUUUGGGCCAAGAAGAGGUUGAAUAUGGAUACAAAGGCAGUGGGAGAGAAAAGGUUGUUGCAAUUGAAAAAAUUAGAAGAAUUCAUCAAUGAGGCCUAUGAGAAUGCAAAAAUAUACAUGGAACGUUCCAAGGCAUGGCAUGAUAAGAACCUUAUUAUGAAGGAAUUCCAACCGGGGCAACAAGUUCUUCUAUUCAAUUCAAGGUUGAAACUAUUUUUGGGAAAUCUUAAGUCAAGAUGGUCAGGACCUUACUCAGUAGUGAAAUUUUUUCCUUACGAUGCAGUUGAAGUCUAUAAUGAGAAGACUGACAACUUCAAAGUGAAUGGGCAAAGGUUGAAGCCAUACUUCGUUGGUCCAUACGAUCAAGCCAAAUUUAUCAUCCUAUUGGAUUAG